AAAAUUAAAUUAAAAAAACGUUCUUCUCUUCUUCUUUCUUCUUCUUCUGAGUGGGAGAAAAGAAGAUUUCGAUACGAUAAAAAGAAGAUGCAUUCUUUUGGAUACAGAGCGAAUGCUCUCCUCACGUUUGCUAUCACGAUACUUGCCUUUAUCUGCGCGAUUGCCUCCUUCUCUGAUAACUUCAGUAACCAAACUCCCUCUGCUCAGAUCCAGAUAUUGAAUAUCAAUUGGUUUCAGAAGCAGCCUCAUGGAAAUGAUGAGGUGAGCUUGACACUAAACAUAACAGCGGACUUGCAGUCACUAUUUACUUGGAACACAAAGCAGGUAUUCGCAUUUGUAGCAGCAGAGUAUAAAACCUCAAAGAACUCCCUGAACCAGGUUUCUCUAUGGGAUGCCAUAAUACCUGAGAAAGAGCAAGCUAAAUUCUGGAUUCAAAUCUCAAACAAGUACCGUUUCAUAGACCAGGGACACAACCUCAGAGGGAAAGACUUUAAUCUGACACUACACUGGCAUGUCAUGCCCAAGACUGGCAAGAUGUUUGCUGACAAAAUAGUUAUGUCUGGUUAUCGUUUACCCAAUGCAUACAGAUAAUUAUCAAGAGGCCUCUCAUGCAUGCAUGUAGGAAUGGAGAGAGUUAUGUUCACUUGUUUGAAAGUUUUUGUAAUGGAACUUAUAAUAGACUAAUCCUUUUGUCUCUUCAAUCAACUCUUUUACCAUUACUAACUUCAUUAAACAAUUUUUUCCUUUUUUACUCUGUUCCGUUUUGCUUCUCCAUCCACCAGCGCAAUUUAUGUCUUCUUGUUUUUUCGUCUAAUAGAAAUAGCCGUUGUUGCG